AUGGCGCCAGGUCAGAACCAUCCCCUGGGGGAUCGGAAGAUCGUGUCGGGUGAUUGCAUCCGAGUGGUGUGGAGACCUUCGGAAACGGCCUUGGGGAAACGGGUCAACGAUGAGCAGCCCAUGGUGCUCUUCCGAGACCUGGAGGCCACGUGGUACGUGCCAGCUGUGGACCUCAGAGAUUGUGGAGACAAGGUCCGCAUCUUGAGUUCUCGACAGCAGGAUGCCUCAGCUGUGUUCGUGCAGGAGUGGCAGCACCAGUUCUUCAAAGCGAUCACAGGUCCCAGUGGCGUUACGAAUCGUCAGAAUCCACCCGGACGAUGA